UUUACAUCGUCGAUUUUUACGUGUGUGUGCAGUGCAGUUACUUUACGACUUAAAUUCUUAUUACGUGGGCGUAAAACAUUUAGUGGCAUAUUUUUUAAUAAUUUUCAAUUGCUAAAAGUUAGUAAGAAAAUAUGGGACGUAAAAAGAAGAAGCAAUCAAGACCCUGGUGUUGGUAUUGUAAUCGGGAGUUUGAAGAUGAAAAAAUUCUUAUACAACAUCAAAAAGCAAAACAUUUUAAAUGUCACAUUUGUCAUAAAAAGCUUUAUACGGGACCAGGACUUAGUAUACAUUGUAUGCAGGUACAUAAAGAAGCAAUAGAUAAGGUACCUAAUUCUUUGCCAAAUCGAAGCAAUAUUGAAAUAGAAAUUUAUGGUAUGGAAGGUAUACCACCAAAUGAUGCAAAAGAGCAUGAAAGGCAAAGAAAUGGUGGUAGACCUGGUUCACCAAGUUCAGGUGAAGAUGAACCAGUUCGGAAAAAAACAAAGCCAGAAGGUUUAUUAGGUUCUGCACCAGGAGCAAUGCCUACAGGUUCCAACAUGAUGCCAGGUGUAAUGCCAGGUAUGGCAGCUCAUCCUGGUAUGCCACCAAUGGGACAGUUCCCACCACCCAUGCAUCAUAUGAUGGGACCUAUGGGUCCCGUAGGUCCACCUUUCAUGGGUCCUGGUAUGAUGCCUGGAAUGCCAGGUAUGCCACCAGGUAUACAACCACCAGUGUCAGGUGCAUCCAUACCGCCAACACGACCAUUAUUUCCAAGUGCGGCAGCUGUUUCAACAGCUGCAUCUACAUCUGUGACUUCUCCUUUAGGCACAGAUUUUAAACCAAUUACAUCAGUGGCUGGUGGAUCUAUAGGACCUGUUAAGCCAACAUUCCCUGCAUAUAGUAAUGCAGAUAGCAAUACUACGACUAAUAAUAAUAUUGGAAAUGAUCAGAAAGUAAAUCUUAUAGCCACUACUAGUGCUGCCAUUAAAAUCAUUCAUCCUCCAGAAGAUCUUAGCUUAGAGGAAAUUAGAGCAAGACUUCCAAAAUAUCAGCGUCGUCAAACUGAAGAAACUCGAACUGUACAAGCUGCUGAUGCCAAUCAGCAAGCUGCUGUAUUACAGCAACAACAACAACAGCAACAGCAGCAGCAACAAGCUGCUGCUGCUAAUGCAGCUGCUGCAUUUCAGGAUCAACAGCAGCGACAACAAGCGGCAUUAAAUGCACUUCAACAACAACAACAAAGAUUUCAGAGACCUCCACAAGCAGUAAUGGUUCCUGCAUCUGCAGCGAUGCCUGUUAGUUCUGUUGCAUUAAUGGCUCCGCUUAUGCGGCCCACUAUGACUCUAGCCGCACCAGCUCUGAUUCAUGGAGGUAACAUGAUGCGACCGCCCCCCAUGGGCCUACCACCAGGUAUGAUAGGAGCUUUGCCACCGGGAGCAAUGCAUCCGGCAUUCGCAGCUCCAAUGGGUUUCCCCGGUGCACCAAUGUUGGCUCCGAUGAUGCAUCCACGCUUCAGAUGAUCACCUCCUAUGGACGGGCCCACCCCGCCACUGCACUUCGUGCUCUGGGCCCGCCCCUAAAUUUGAUUAGGGUCCGGACCUGAUUGACAAGAAGAGGAGAGAAAAAGCACGCGUAAAACAUGUUAGCUCGCGUGGACACGCAUUGUUGAUCGGCCGCGGCUGCACUUGACGCAUCCUCUCCUACGAAGUUUACACGAAGUUAGCAAAAAUCUUUGUUUUUUUUUUAUAAUAUCAUUGCAAAACACACAUCACGUCAGUGCCUGAGAGGGUUUACCAGGUGCAGUGGAAACGGUCGGUCGUCCUCCUCUCCCCCGCCGCCCCGUCGCCCCGCCACCCAGCCCCCCCCCUCUCCCCUCGAUUUUUCUGCCUUCGGUAAUCAGAUAUCGAAUAAGUCCAAUUCUAUUAAUUCCCUUUUCUUCCACGCGUGGCGCGUGAUCGCGCGAUAUCAGCGCAACGACACUAACUUCUUCCCGAAGGAGUCUGAAGUCCCAGGUGAGCAACGAAAUAUUUUUUUUUUUUUGUUGUAAAAACAAUUUUGUUGUUUGCCUAAAAAAACGAAAACAAGGUGAUUUUGAUCCUUCGGGUUUUGAUUUAUCUUUUCUAUGGAUAUAUUUGUUGUUACGUUAUAUAAGAGUACCUGGUAUUGAAAUUGUAGUUAAUGAAAAGGAUGGUGGUAUUAUGUUGUUAAUGGCUGUUAAUGAGCACGAAAGCUUUCGCGUAGAGAAUUCGUACGCUACUAAUACAAAAAUCGUAUUGUUGCAAUUUUUUUUUUUUUUUUUACGUUGCUCAUCGUGAUAUACGAAAUCACGAAAUCAGCUCUGGAAGGUGUGUUUCAUAUCUUUCGGCUGAAUGUGUCUGAGUAGAAAGAAACUUCUAUAUACGAUUUUUCCGAUUUUUCGGUUGUCCUUUUAUUUUUACGGUAGACCGUUUCCACGCGCUGUUUCUCAGUCUCUGCACCAGUGUUCUCUUGGAGAGACGCGAUCGCGGAAAGGUGGCAUUUCACACUGCAGCUCAACAAACCACGAAAUCUUUUUUCUCUCUUAUCUAUACGUAUAUACAUAUAUAUAUCAUACAUAAUACCGUAUAAUAAUAUAUAUUAAACGUUUGUACAAAUUUUAAUUUUUUCCACUUUUUGAUUUCGAUCUCUGUUUUAUUUCUUUUUUUUUUUUUUUUUUUAAAAGUAAUCAAGUCAUCAAAAAAAAAAAAAAAAGAAAGUUUAUAUUUAAGCUGCAGCGUGAACAUUCUGUCGCCUCAGGUUAGUUUGUCACAACUUUUAUUUUGUUAACAUUCCAGAUCGAGUCGAUUUACUUUUCGCCACGUAUUUUUAUAUAUCUUUCCUCUUGUACAUACGUUUUUUUUCGCAUUUCACUCGUUGAUAAGAUAAAUUAUUAAAAGAUUCUCGUUUUCGAUAUUAU